AUGGCACGACCAAAGACCAAGAAAGCUCAGAAGACUAUCAACGACUCAGCUCCCCUGCCCACAGCUCCAACUGAGUCUGAACUUCCAAGGUUCCCUCUCAACCGUAUGCCGGUGGAACUAGUUCACAUGAUCUUUAGCUACCUCACACCGACUCAAGUAGCUAGUAUACGAUUUAUGAGCAAGAUGCUCGCUGCAAUCGGCCUCGAGUACAUCGCUACAACGGUCACACUCACACUCAAAGAGGACAGCUUCGACCGACUACUGGAGAUAGCUUACCAUCCUGUCAUCAACAAGUUUGUGCACAGCCUGCAUUACGAGCACGACUUCUUUACGGAUUUAGAACGAACAGAAUGGGAGCGUAACAUCAAAACGCCAGAAUUUAUGGCCGUUCGAAAACGGUGUUCCGGCAUUCCAGUUCCCACCUUCAAUGCUAGCCAACGGGCCUGGCGAGCUUAUCAUCGCGGGUGUGGUGCUAUCAAAGCUUGUAACACGUACGGCAAAAAACGACUAGAUCAGGCUUUCUCGACCUAUCAAAACUAUUGCGCAGAACAGGACCGCGCUUGGCGAUCGGACUUUUUUUCUAGCAAAUUGACGGAUGCACUUCAGCAUCUUCCAAACUUGAGAACAAUCUACAUGCCAAAGCACGGCAAUUAUUCCCGCUAUCAAAAAGAAAUUGCCCAACUUCUCAAUGGCGCCUUUUACGAUCAGCCAUCCAUUGAAUCGGAUAGUGUUGCUGUUACUCGCUCACUACUGCUUGCGGUGGAUGAAGCCAUUCACGGAGGUCAAAACGUGAACACUCAAGCCGGCAGCGCUGGUAGUGAACCUGCUCGGAAGGCAAGUAGCCGGGAUUCACGCAAUGCCAAUUACAACGCUCCGACAGCCAGCAACCAGGUCAGUGCUAGUCUAGGUGGCAGGACACCGAAUGGCGGCUAUCUACGAGGAAAUGAUUCAGAAGGCAGCAACCAGCGUGUUCUUCGAGUCGGUAACUUUAUCUUUGGGUCCUUCAAUUGGAGACUCCUCUUGGAGGGCGAUAAGGUCUUUGUAGCCAUGAAGAGAAGCAUAUCUCACCUCACCAAACUCGGCAUACAUCUUCUCGACGAUUGUUGGAUCAAAGAGACCAGGCCACAUUUCGCAUCCCCAAGCGACAUGGAAGCUCAAAGACAAUGUUUGAUCAAAGGACGUUUCCCCGAAUUUAUGAAUUCGGCGCCUGGUCUCGAAGGGCUAAGCCUCUCCAUCGUGGAUGAAUCAUCGUCACAUCCAGGAAAAGCCUCUUCCUACACAGUGUUUACCACGAUUCGUGAGACCACGAAGCUAAAAGAAGCCAGCGUGUAUGGGGUCUUCGAUCUAAUAUCGCAGCUCUGGAACAUGGAUGACCAUAGAGAUGUCCGUCGCGCAAGUGGGACGCUGAUCGGACGAUACCUCGUGGGUGAAGGGGGCGAUAGCAGCCUCGAGGAUUACUUGAAGGAGGAGCGCUCAAGGAUUGCCGAGCAGGAAGGGGAAUCUUUAGUCAGCGACAUCGACGCGUCACAUAUGAACGUGUGGACAAGUGAGAGUGAGGAUUCUUUGAGCGAAAGCGACGGCUACGGGCUUCAAAGGCGCGUUUCCCACGCGCCGCUGAAAAUUCGACGUGUCAAACAUCCUCGCCCAUCCUUCGACGAACAUUCAGCUUCGCCAAUGGACCUUCAAACUCUUUCCUCUGUACUACCGCCUCCCAGGCCCAGCCUCCUCGGCUUGCCACUCGAGCUCCGUAACGAAAUCUACCGCAACCUCCUCUCCACCGGCCGCAAUCGAAUCGAUCUCGGUCUCGGCCGCGCCCGUUACAGCCUCCAAACGGCCGUCUUGGCCACCAAUCGCCAAAUCCACGACGAAGCCACCGCAGUCCUGCGCGAGAACAGGUUCAUCAACAUCGUCACGUCAUGGACGUCCUUCAAACAGGACAUCCUCGUGCAAGGCAAAUUCCCCAUCAUCGCCGAAGGCGACGACAGAUCCCCGUCCCCGGAGUCCCACAUGCUCGUGGCACUGGACUUCAUGGGCGACGUGGACACCUCGCGCCUGUACGCCUACGUCACCUGCCUGGCCGAUCUGCCCCAUCUCUGCCGACUGCUCUUCUACGCCAGCAGUCUGAGCCCGAACUUCAGCAGCUUGCUGCACGUCACGCUCGCGAUCCGGGACCCGCAGGGGCGGGCGGAGAAGACGGUCGUCCCGAAGGCGCUGCAGGAGGCGCUGAUGAUGCCGUUUGCGGUUUUGAAGGGCCUGCACGGUUUGACGAUCAAAGGGGCCAGGAACAAGGCGGUGGAGAAAGAGCUGAGGAAGGCGAUGGGCGUCCCUAAUCCCACGGCGGCUGAUUACCUCGAGGCGGCGGCAGGGCUCAAAGAUGCCGGUAAUGCUGCCUUCAAGGCGGGGGACUACGCGCUGAGCAUUCGAAUCUACAUCCAGGCUUACGAAGCGAUGCAUUUCAUCGUGGAAGGCAAACGCUUUGCCAUCAUGCUGGACGGCUACUUCGCCUCUAACCCGCUGACCGGAGGCCGCUUCGACGGCCAGCGCGGCGACUUGGUCCGCCACCACCUAGGCUCGCAGCUAAGCUGGAACAUCCUGGCCGCGUACCUGAAGAUGGAAGAUUGGGAGCAGGCGUACUUCUGGGGCGAGAGAGCCAUUUCGGACAUCGAGUAUGCGGACGUGCAGCAGAGCAUACUGGAUGGGACGCCGAAUCUUGUCACCGGUGCCGAAAAAGCAAAGGUCUAUUGGAGGAUGGCGGUGGCGAGUCAGGCGUUGGAUAGGAAGCAGGUCUGGGCUAGGAGUCUGAUGAAGGCGUACAUGUUUGCGCCGCAGGACAAGAUCAUCGGGCGCGAGAUGGAGGCGUUGGAGAAACGGUUGCAAAGGCAGGAGUUGGAUCUUCAAGACCUUAAAUCUUGA